AUGACAGUAGGCAGCGCCGUGAUGACUGACUACAAGACUUCAGAAACUGUCCCCUCCACCGUGUUGACGCAUUCUGGACACUCGGCACCUUUGUCGUCCCCGACCUCCCGCCACGAGCUCCGGUCGCUCUUAGACAUGAGCUCUGAGCGCCAUGUCGGCGACGAGGGUGAGCCGCCGCAGGCCUACCGCGAUGACGAGCUGAUUAGCAUUGAUCCGGAGGAGGCUGUAAUCGUUGACCCAGCCGAGACUUCCGAUGAGGAAGUGUACCCUCUACAGGAGCCCUUUUUUGCAAGCAAAUAUGUACCACCACGGUUGCAGCGUACUUGGAUAUCCGCAAAAGCCUGGGCCAAAGGACCGCAACCUCCACGACUAUGGAAGAUCCUUCCGUUGCUACCUAAGAUCCAGACCGUGCCCAUUCGGCUUUUAAACACGUUGUUGCCAAAGAGGAAGCAUAAGAUUGGAUUACUGAUUGUAUUCUAUGCUGCCUGGAUCCUCAGCUUUGCACUCGUCCUACACAAAAGUGCCUUUUCAGCCGACGUACCUGGCUACGGAGCGCCAGUGAGAAUCGGCUGCACGCAACGCUUCUGGAACGAUGGCAAUGGAUGCGGCCUUAACGGGGACUCAUGCCGCCCUUUUGAGAAUGCUUCGAUGCCGUUCAGAUGCCCGGCGAACUGCAGGCGCGUGCAACUCCUCAAUCCCCAUGCCGUGGGCGACUACGUCGCCAACUACCGUCCAUUGGUCAUUGGCGGCCCAACAGACGACAAGAGGACAUUGGAAAAUGCUGUCUACCGUGCCGACUCUUUCAUCUGCGGCGCUGCGAUCCACGCCGGUUUUAUCAGCGACAAAUCCGGCGGGUGCGGCGUGGUCUCCAUGGUGGGCGAGAAGACCUCCUACCCAGCCGUGAACCAGAACCACAUCAAGUCCAUCGGCUUCAAUUCCUACUUCCCGAAAUCAUUCUCCUUCCUCACUGGUACAAGCGCUUCAUGUCGCGACCUCCGCUGGUCGCUGCUCGGCGUAAGCCUAACCUUCACAAUCCUCCUCUCCCUCUUCACCACCUCACCUGCCGUAUUCUUUUCCUCCAUUUUCCUUGGCGUGUUCUUCCACGUAGCGCUCGCAUCCGACCCGCCCUCGCUCACAGACUACUACGCCCUAAUCUCGAUCUGCCUGGGCCGCCUGCUCCCCGCCUCGUUUUGCAUGUACGCCGUCUACCGCUUCGCCGUCUCGCGCACCCUCCACGGCCUGGACGCGCAGAUCGAGAAGACCGUCCUCUGGCUCGGCGGUGCCUGGGUGGGAGCAUUGAACAACUACACAUUCGACAAGAUCCCCCUCGAGCGACUGACACCGCACGAUCUGCAGAACCAACCCGGUGCGAUUCCCGCAUUGAUAACAGUAGUCCUGUGUCUUUUCAGUAUCGCGCUGUUGCAGGCAUGGUGUCUGCGCAUCGAAGGCCGGCUGCCGAGAUACCUGGGAAUUUAUGGGCUUUUUGUGGGUGGAUUGUUGCUGCUUGUUGCAGUGCCGAAGAUGAACCUCAGGAUCCAUCACUAUAUCCUGGGCUUACUCUUGGUGCCAGGGACAAGCAUGCAGACACGCCCGAGUCUGCUUUUCCAGGGGAUACUGGUAGGGCUGUUCAUCAACGGCGUAGCGCGCUGGGGAUUCGACAGCAUUCUGCAGACGCCGGGCGAGUUGAGAGGUGAUGGGCCGAUUAGUAGUCUCCUCCCUAUCAUCACGGCGCCGAUCAUACAUAACAACUUCGCCUCGCACCUCCGACCGAAUAUCACUUUCGAAUGGUCACUGCCGUUCCCCAAGCACUACGACGGCUUGAGUAUCUUAGUGAACGACGUUGAGCGCUAUCGCGGGUACGCAGAUAACAGGCUGGAGAGCUGGACGUGGGUUAAGCAUAUUCGGGAUGCGCCUGAGUACUUCCGCUUCGCAUACCUCAAUGGUGGCGGCCGAGGGGAUUACACCAAAGCAGGCACCUGGAGCGUGGAGGGUGGGUGGACGGACAUGGCUGGUGGACCGUCGUAG